AUGGCGCCCCAAGAUGGCCCAAUGCACAUGAUCGACCGGACUCCGGAGUACGAGGACUUUAUGCGCCGAUUGCGCGACUUUCACAUCGAGCGCGGCACCGCUCUCGACUCUGAGCCCAAGGUUGGGUCGACACACCUCGACCUGUUCAAGGUUUUCAACCAUGUCGUUGCGCAGGGAGGAUACGACAAGAUCUCGGAAGAGAAGCUCGCAUGGAGGAGGAUCGCUCACGAGCUUGGAAUCCACUCUCACAAUGAAGCAUCGACAGCCUUCGCCUUGAAGGAGAAAUUCUACAAGAACCUGGCUGCGUUCGAGAUCCGCACCGUCCACAACCAAGAACCUCCGCCCAAGGAUAUCCUCGAGGAUGUGACGGCAAAAGGAGCUGGCCUGCUCACACGUACGCGAGAGAACUUCAAGGGGAUUCGCCAAAGUACAGUGGGCGCCAGUGGCCCUGAUUCAGCAGCGUCGGGCGACGAUGGCACACCAGCCAGAGAACGGCCCGUCAUUGAUGCCGGAGGCAGCGCUCGCGCGUCGCGGGGCCUUCGCGAAGCACCAGCACAGCGCGUGAUAUUCCAACCCGACACAGGACCUAGCCGCACACGAGCCGCAGCUGCGCAGCAGGUGCCAAACCACACGAACUCGCCCAACAUGAGUCAACACGCACCUGGAAUGGUAGGACAUCACGGCCAACGAGGCCCUUCCUUGUUCCAUAGACCAGCAACGGUGGAGAACAUGGCUUCUCAAGUCGAAGUGUACCAGCCACGCCACAUCAAGGCGCUCUCACUUCGGCCGGUGCACACGCCCAGCAGCGCGCCAGACGACUUUCUGAAAACAAAACGCCAGCAGCGGCAAGCCUCCCAGGCGAACCAAGGGCCCAUGCUCCCUGGCACUGGCUUUGACGGCCCAAACAUCUACACCCGCUGCCUCAAUGCUCUUCGAUCUCGCGUGCCAGCCGAACAAGCGUUCGCGUUGAAUCAUCUUGUCAAGAUAUCAUUUGAGCGUGGCGACAAAUUCCGCUUCGACUCGUUCCCUGGCCUGGCUGAAGGCUUGGUUGAAAAGGCGCUUCAUGUCGGCAACUUGUUCUAUCACAUCGACUGGACCGUAUCUUGGGAUUCAACCGAACAAACGAGCGAUGUUGGCUUACUAGACGGCAACUCUGGCACGCCUGACAUUAUCGAACGCAUUCGUGAUCUCAUCGAAAAGGAACUACCGGAUGUAAUGCAAACAGAGCGAUACUCGGACGAGCUGCUUCUCGUGACUGAGGCAGUGCUAACGCUGCGCAACAUGCUGACCCUGCCCGAGAACGCGCACUACAUGGCUGAUUUCUAUCCACUCAAGGACCUGAUCAUCAUCAUCAUGCACCUCCCAGCCAAAGAUUCCCUCACUGAGCUCAAGCACAUGGCCCUUGACAUGGCGGAGCAGAUCACUCCAUUCCUGGACAUCGGCUCUGACGACCCUCUCUACCGCACGCUUCUUUGGCAGCUGACGUCGGAUGAUCGAGGCACCAUUCUCACAGCAUUGCGUGCUUUGGGUCGCAUCUCAGUUAACCUCGAGGCGACUAACAAGCUCGGCGAUGUGCCGUCACAGACGCUGGAACGAAUUGUUUCCUGGCUCCUCCUCAAUGACGACGAAUUGACGGAUGCCUGCCUCGACUUUCUCUACCAAUACACGGCGGUCGUCCCCAACGUUGACAAUCUCAUCCGCUCACUAUCACCACACGUUCUCGUCGACCACCUCACCCGAUUGCUUGCUCACGGCGCCCAGAAGACGACGACUGAAAAGGUUCUCGCCCCCGAACGGAAGAUUCCCUCGCGGGACGAGAUAGCGUCCAUCCCCGAGGAUCUCACACAGGAGCUUCUCAAGAUCGACGAGCCUGAGCGUGUGCACGCGUGGGUCCGGUCAUUCUUCGAGGAGGACAGCCAGUCAUCCAUCACACAACUGUCAGCGUGGCAAGCGUACCAAGGGGCAUUUGUGGCGCCCCUCAAGGCCAUCGGACAGUCCCUCAUCUCACCGGCCGAUUUCAUUAGGAACAGCACAUCUGUGUACAAGGACUCGAAUGCGCAGGUCCACCGGGACCCGGCGGACCAGCAGCAACGAUUCAUCAUACAGGGGCUGCGAGCGCGACCGGCUCCCCUCAGUGUGGAUGGUGUUGAGUACAAGAAAUGCGAAUGGGCCCAGGAUCCAACGCGACUGGAGCUCAAGUGUGGCAAAUUCUAUCUGGAUGCUGAACAAAUGUGGAAUCACGUCAUGGUCGACCAUCUGCGAGUCCAGCGCAACGAGCAAGGGCAGUUUGACAACGUGGAGCGCGAGUACAUGUGCACAUGGGGGAGCUGCACCAGGUACAACAAACCCACUAAGAUGCACCUCCAGGAUCUCGCGCGGCACGUCAAUACCCACAUCACCUCGCCGCCGCAGGACCCUACGAGCAGGCGGUGGGUCAUUCCUGCUGUCACGUUGGCCGUCAGCAACGAGGAGACCCAGACACAGCGUGACGAGCGCAAUCCGAAUCUACCGCCGCAAGCAGCGGGUAUCCCUCUCAGUGCCGUGCUCAUCCUCCGCAAUCUGGCGCGUAAUGUCGUCAAGACGGACGCAGAGGAGGAAUUGGUCAAAGCACAAGGCUCUGACGGAUCGGAGCGUGGCGGAUGGAACGAGAAGCUGUUCCGGCCAGUACAACCUCGUCUAUUUGAGAUUCUGGCCGAGAACAGAGCAUUGGCCCCAUAUAUUGCAUCACUGCUCGAGUACGUCCGUGUAGAGGCUGCGGAAUAUGGUAGCGACAGCGAAUAG